GCGGUGCCUUACAUGGAGAUAUGAUGCAAUUGGACCGUGAUAAGGUGUUGAAAGAUUUUAAGAAUAACAAAUUCCCGAUCAUGGUUGCGACCGAUGUUGCUGCAAGAGGUCUGGAUAUCAAGGCCGUUAAGACCGUAAUCAACUACGACAUUGCGCGUGAUAUUGAUUCGCAUGUACAUCGUAUUGGAAGAACCGGCAGAGCUGGUGAAAAGGGAACGGCGUACACUCUUAUCACUGAGAAAGAAGACAAAUUCGCUGGAGAUUUGGUUCGAAAUCUAGAAUCUUCGGGGCAGACUGUACCUGAUGCUUUAAUGAAUCUUGCCAUGAAGGUGAACAGAGCACCACAUUUCUUUAACGUAGCUCGCGGAUCGGUAGGCUCCAGCUCCAAUGCAAUACCUCUCGGGGGAAGAUCAGGCAUUGGAAGUGGCGCGCAAAUACCACCACCUCCGCAACUUGACACGAGUACUUCCGGCCGUGGAAAUUCUGGUAGCACGGCUUCUCGGUUUCAAAUGAGCUUUCAGAAAGCCUCCUCCGCAGAGUCUGGGUUGGGUCUCUUGCGCUCUAGCUCUUCAGCCUCACAACCCUCGACAAAUACUCAGCGCAAGAGGCGUUGGGAUUCUUAG